GGGUGAGCUGUAAUUUUGCAGUAGUGUGCUCCGCGCUGACAUUCUGUGAUAGGCGAACAGAGGCCACCGGGGGACUUGCCUCUGCUUCUCAAGGCGACAGAAAGAGCACCGUCAGAUUGUCCAGGGGGAGAGCUGCUGAGGAAAAAUGACCCAGCGUUGCCUGAACUGCCUGAAGUACACUCUGUGUGCCUUCAAUUUCUUGUGCUGGUUGUGUGGCAGCUUCGUGCUGGGGUUUGGGAUCUACCUCAUGAUGAGCUCUAAGUUCUCCACUCUGGUGCCCUCGCUGCCCUCCAUCAACAUUGCGAACACACUAGUCAUCACUGGCACCAUCGUCACCUGCGUCUCCUUCUUGGGGUUCCUGGGAGCCCUGAAGGAGAACCGCUGCCUGCUCAUCUCGUUCUUCAUCCUGCUGUUCCUGCUGAUGCUUGUGGAGUUGGCCAUGGCAAUCCUGCUGCUGGUCUUCGAGAAGGAUAUUGACAGUUUCUUCAAGGAUGAUCUGAAGAAGAGUCUAGAGACAUACAAAAAAGACAUAAACAGUUCGAAGAACAUAACAGCGAAACAUGACUGGGACACCAUCCAGAGCCUGUUCAAGUGCUGUGGAGUUGAAGGGCGACAAGAUUGGACCGAAGUUCGAGUGCCCCAGUCAUGCUGUGUUGACUCCUGCAAGAAUUCCACAGAGCUGUACUGGGAGAAGGGCUGCUACACCCUGCUGAAAGAAUGGUUUGAGACCAACUUCCUUACCGUUGGGGUGGCCGUCAUCAUCCUGUGCAUCAUCGAGGUCCUGGGAAUGUGUUUCUCCAUGACCCUCUUCUGUCACAUCAGACAGUCUGGAGGGGGUUACAAAUGAAAGGAAGACCAAGGGACAAAAUCUCACAUGGGUAUCAGCCAGGUCUAACUACACCCUCCCCUCCUCCCCCUCACAGCCCUCUCCUGCCUCAAACCCCCUCCUUCCCCUGUCCUGCCCUGGGAUAGGCACACCCCAGUGUCCCCAGUGUCUCCAGCUGCCCCUCUUCUGAACAGCAGCCACAUCAGCCUAUGAACCAGACACAGAGUCUGCCAACACACAAGCCACUCCCAGGAUGUCUUAUUUCACUGCCUGUGGGUUGGACCGAAGACUCUGCUGAUCCCUGUAGAUGUUCAUAUUCCAGCCAGCUUGUUGCAGCAGAAAGAGCCCUUAAAAGACAAAGCCUUUUGCCGUACAUGAUGUGCACAUUUUAGAAUCCGACAAGCAGGACAGAAGACUGUUGAAGACACCCAAGCCAUCCGUUUUAGUUAUUGCAGUCUCUCAUGAUAGAGCCUAGUCAACAGGAAGAAGCUGUGACCCGUGAAAGACAACAGUGCACUGAACAGGUUCUGUAUCUCUGUAUAUAAUGGAGUUUCUAAGUCCAUGCAUUCAAAUUGUUUUGUACAGACUGUAAUUGUAACAUUAAUUCCUACUCACAGAGUACUAGAUUAUGCAAUCCAAAUAAUUUCAAAAUUGAUCCUGUAUUAUGUAUCCAUUGUAUGUGUGUAUAAUAACUGCUAAUAAAUGUGUAGUUUAUUUAUGA